UUAAAGUAGAGUUUAAACAGCGAGAGGAGAAGAGCCAGCCGGCAGUAGUAGGAGAGGAAGAGGAGUCCCAAUCCCACGGUGCCUCGACCGCCUCCCUCACCCCGUACUACCCUACGCCCACCACCGCUCCCCGCGCGGCGGAACCCUAGGCCGCGGCGUGGAUCCCGAGAUCUCCGGGGGGCUCUAGCGGCGGUGUGCGCACUGCCCUCAGCUCGCCGGCGGCGGGGGGCGGCGCCCCCCAUGCCUUUGGCGCCUCGAUCGGAGCCGAUCGGUGGGCGCGGGAGGCGUCAGAGCAGCUCGGCGGCCGCGGCGGGAGCCGGAGAGGCGGAGGCGGGGAAGGGAGAGGGAGAAGAGGAGGCAGAGGAGAAGGAUGGCGCUGUUCCGCAAGUUCUUCCUGAAGAAGACGCCGGAUCGGCUGCUCGAGAUCUCCGAGCGUGUCUAUGUGUUCGACUGCUGCUUCUCCGCGGAUGCCAUGGGUGAGGAUGAGUACAGGGAUUACUUGAGUGGCAUCGUUGCACAAUUGCAGGACUACUUUCCGGAUGCGUCAUUCAUGGUCUCCAAUUUCUGGUCGGGGGACAAGAGGAGUCGGAUUUCAGAUAUAUUGUCUGAGUACGACAUGACAGUCAUGGAUUACCCACAACAGUACGAAGGAUGCCCGCUCCUUCAGCUUGAGAUGAUCCAUCAUUUCUUGAAAUCAUGUGAAAACUGGUUGUCAGUGGAAGGUCAGCAGAACAUGCUUCUGAUGCACUGUGAGAGAGGGGGAUGGCCAGUGCUUGCAUUCAUGUUGGCUGGACUGCUCCUAUAUCGGAAAACAUACACUGGUGAGCAAAAGACACUAGAGAUGGUCUACAAGCAGGCUCGCAGGGAUUUUAUACAGCAAUUCUUUCGGUUGAAUCCUCAGCCUUCGCACCUCAGAUAUUUGCACUAUGUAACAAGACAUGGAAGUGGUUCAGAAUGGCCUCCCAUUAGCCGUCCUCUCAUCUUGGAUUCAGUAGUUCUCCACACUGUUCCUAGAUUUGAUUCUGAAGGGGGCUGUAGGCCGUACUUGCGUAUACAUGGGCAAGACUCGAGUCCUGGUAACAAGAGUGCAAAAGUUCUUUUUGAGAUUCCGAAGACCAAGAAACACCUCCAGCGUUAUGGGCAGAUGGUUGCAAUGCAGGUAGAAGUUCCAGUAAAAAUUAGUGCCUUUUGCCGUGUUCAGGGAGAUGUUGUUCUUGAAUGUAUUCACAUUGGCCGUAACAUAGAUCAUGAGGAAACGAUGUUUCGGGUCAUGUUCAACACUGCCUUCAUUCAAUCAAAUGUGCUUGGAUUGAAUCGUGAUGAUAUUGACACUGCGUGGAACGUGAACAAUCAGUUCCCAAGGGACUUCCGAGCUGAGGUACUCUUUUCGGACCCUGACUCUUUCAAGCCUGCUGCUGUGUUAGAAGAGGUAGGUGAUGAUGGAGAUGAGACUGAUGUCGCUUCAGUAGAUACGGGAGAUGAGUUUUAUGAAGCAGAGGAGGAUUGGCAUGAUGCUAGAAGAGAUCCAGAAACCCAGUCAACUGACGGUAGAACUUCAUUAGAAGUUGGCAACACAGAAUUGGAUGGUGGGGUGGCAAGUGAAGCAAACAUCAGCCUAGAGAAGCAUCUGACUGAUGAGGAUGUGAAGCUUAUUGUCUCUCAAAAUUCAGGUAGCAUGAAUGACAAUGGCCCAAGUGCAACUGCCCCUAUUUUGGAAAAUCUAGGAGGUUUACAGCAGGCAUGUAAAGUUCUUGAGAAGUCUAAAUUAGGCAACAGAAGUGACCAAGAGGACAAUGCUGUGCACGACAUACAGGUGGUUGCUUGUUCUGUAGAUUCAGAAGGACGCAAGUUUGGAUCCAUCUGCCAGGAGGAUACAAAAGGUGUAAUUGCACAAACGUUAGUAACCGCAACAGAUCCAAGUUGCAGUGAUGAAGUUCAGUGCCAUCCAGAUGGAUGCACAAAAAUAUCAAGGUACACUGAUUUGGACUACACUGCUUUCGGCGCUCCUAGAACAUCAUCUGGUAUGGAUGAGGAUACACACUUGAGGACCAGGCCAAAUGAAGGACAACCAAAUGGUGACAUCAAGAUUAUUACUGAAAACACAAUAACUGUGGACAAUGAGCUACUGAUCUAUGAAGAGAAAACUGUAGUCGAUAAUGGAAACCUAAUGCAAGAGGUGAAAAAGGUUGUCAAGGAAGAGAGCGUUAUUUCCAAAAUGGAUAGAACUCGUCUUGAGAAUAUGCACUCACGAGAUAACAGUAAUCACAAGGUAGAAAUGGCCAAGAUUGCUGAGACAGCUGACACAAGAUUGGAGGAAAGCAAAUUGAAAUCAGGUCAUGGAGAUCCCAUACUUGCAAAGAAAACCAGUUUGCAGGAUAGUAUUGUCGUAUUACCAGCUAAUGAAAUAGCAGCAGAAAUAAAAACUAAGCGAGAGGAGCGUGGUGGCAGACGGGAUUUCGGCCUAGCUCUUCCUCAGAGUAAAAUAGAAGCUAGAGCUAAUAGCCCAAGGAUAAGCGAUGUCCAAAGGCAAACACCUGAAGCUGCAUCGUCCGUACCAAAGAAAAUACCAGUAGAUGGUACUGCGCCUGAGCCAGUGUUAUUGGAAGCUAUCGUUGGGCACAUCGAACAACUGGAACAACAAUCAAAGCCAGCCAAAGCUAAAACAAUACGUAGAUGGGUCUCACCCAAGAAGGAAUCUGAAACUGCCUCUGUGCGUAGGCCAUCUCACCCUCCAUCCAGAUAUGACAGCUCUCCAGCUGCACUAGCUAUCCGUUCCAUGUCCACAGACAACAAAAUCAAUGUUGUGAAAGGUGCAUCUCUAGUACUACCCGGAGUACCGUAUGGCAAGCACAUUUCGCAAGAUGCAGCACUGUCUUCUACAUUCCCUCCACGGCUCUCAGUGACAGGUGCACAAGCUGCAUCAAGAACUCAAGCUACAAAUCCUGCUCCACCACCUCCACCACCGCCGCCUCCAUUCUACUCUUCUUCAAGUUCAGGUACCAAGCACCUGCCACCACCUCCUCCUCCUCCUCCACCACCACCACCACCACCUCCGGCUUCAGCAGGCCUGUCAAACAUACCUCCCCCUCCUCCACCUCCGUUCCUAGGGUUAGGUGUUCGUGGAAACGUUCCACCGCCACCACCACCUCCUCCAAGGUUAAAUGGCAGUGCUAUCGCUCCACCUGCGCCUCCACCGCCACCUCCGAAACCAAGUUCAAGUGCUCCACCCCCACCCCCACCCCAACCUCCUCCAGCCCCAUCCUUCAUAAGACAUCCAAGUGCUCCUCUUCCACCGCCACCUCCACCUCCACCACCAACGGCACGCUCUGUUGCUCCUCCACCACCACCUCCCCCGCUUCCAGCAACACGCUCUGGUGCUCCACCUCCACCACCACCUCCCAGAACAUGUUCUACUCCUCCUCCUCCGCCGCCACCACCAAUGACCCGUUCAGGAGCACCACCUCCCCCGCCCCCUCCUCCAGGUGGACGUCCUGGACCUCCACCAUCCCCACCUCCUCCUGGUGCACGUCCUGGACCUCCACCGCCCCCACCUCCUCCUGGUGCACGUCCUGGGCCUCCACCUCCCCCACCCCCUCCCGGUGCACGUCCUGGCCCUCCAGCUCCCCCACCCCCUCCAGGUGCACGGCCAGGCCCCCCACCUCCUCCAGGUCGACCAGGAGCUCCACCUCCUCCGCCUCCACCUGGAGGUGGCGGGCGAGCACCUCCACCACCACCUGCACCUGGAGGAAGAGUUGGUGGGCCUCCUCCACCUCCUCCUCCAGGUGGCCGCGCACCAGCUCCACCUAGAGCACCAGGCGUACCACCACCACCAGGAGGCAAUCCUAGCUCCUUAGGUAGAGAGCGUGGGGUUGUACGUUCUCCAGCAUCAGGUUUUGGGGCUGCAGCUGCACGGAAAUCAACAUUAAAGCCACUGCAUUGGGUCAAAGUGACAAGGGCUAUGCAAGGUAGUCUGUGGGAAGAAUUACAGCGAAAUGAUGACUCACAGAGUGUUUCAGAGUUUGAUUUAUCAGAACUGGAGAGCCUUUUUCCAGCAGCUGUUCCGAAGUUGGAUAACACCUCCAAAACUGAUCGAAGAAAAUCUCUUGGAUCAAAGCCAGAAAAAGUUCACCUAAUUGAGUUGAGGAGGGCAAACAACACCGAGAUCAUGUUGACAAAAGUAAAGAUGCCACUGCCAGAGUUGGUGAGGGCGGCUCUGGCACUGGAUCAGUCCACCUUGGAUGUGGAUCAAGUGGAGAAUCUUAUAAAGUUCUGCCCUACGAAAGAGGAAAUGGAAACUCUUAAGAACUACACUGGAGACAAGGAAAAUCUGGGAAAAUGUGAACUGUUCUUCCUUGAAUUGAUGAAAGUCCCAAGAAUGGAGUCAAAAUUACGAGUGUUCUCCUUCAAGAUCCAGUUUGGUUCACAAGUUGCAGAUCUCGGAAAAAGUUUGAAAACCAUAGACUCUUCAUGUAAUGAGAUCCGAACUUCUCUCAAGUUGAAGGAAAUAAUGAAGAAAAUCCUGCUCCUUGGAAAUACGCUGAACCAGGGGACUGCUAGAGGUGCUGCAGUUGGUUUCCGGUUGGAUAGUCUGCUAAAACUUACAGAUACCCGGGCAACAAAUAAUAAGAUGACAUUAAUGCACUACCUCUGCAAGGUGCUUGCUGCAAAGUCACCACAGCUGUUGAACUUUUAUGUGGAUCUUGUUAGUUUAGAAGCUACAUCAAAGAUACAACUGAAAAUGCUAGCAGAAGAAAUGCAAGCAGUUAGUAAAGGGCUGGAAAAAGUUGAGCAUGAGUUUAAAGCUUCAGAAAGUGAUGGUCCAGUGUCAGAAGUUUUUCGUGAGAAACUAAAAGAGUUCACUGACAAUGCUGGAGCAGACGUGCAGUCAUUGUCUUCAUUGUUUUCUGAAGUGGGAAAAAAGGCUGAUCAACUGAUUAAAUAUUUUGGUGAGGACCCUGUCCGUUGCCCAUUUGAACAAGUUAUGUCUACCCUGUUGACAUUUGUAACAAUGUUCCGUAAAGCACAUGAGGAGAACGUCAAGCAAGCUGAGAUUGAGAAGAAAAAGGCUCAGAAAGAGGCAGAAGCAGAGAAGACUAAAAAUGCGCAGUUGGCAAGUAAAAAUGAAUCAAAACCGUCUAAUCCAAGCCGACAAGCAAAACAGAUGUUAGAGAAAACAAAAGCUACAAGUAGAAGAGGAAAAGAUGUUGGAUGAUCUCAGAUGAUAAACUCCGCAGUUGUGUUUUUGAUCUGCUUGCCGGGCAAAUAUAUACCCUGCUUGAUGCAUGGGAGGGGCCGAGGUUUUGCAUUGUGUCUUUGGGCAGGCAAAGAUGUGGGAAUGGAUGCAGUCAUCAAUGGAAAUAAAAUAGUAUGACUGCAUUGAUGCAACUGUACAGUUCUCUCAACGGUCUCACUGGCGAUGGCCGACUAUUUUUUUCCCUUCGGUCAACAAGGGUCCAGUGCCAACAUUUGACUGAUGUAAAGAGCUGAUGGCGAAGCUAACUUCAUUCUUUUUCUUACUGUUCUAUGUUGCUAGGUCUUUCUAACACCGGUUGCAAGUACAGCCAUGGCUUGAAAAACAGCCGGACAGGAAGGUUCGAAAUUGUACAAAUAGGAAUAGGAAUAGGAAUAGGAAUAGGGAAUCAGUGGGGAAACAAUCCGGGAGCAAAGAAUGUAUACCUGGCAGACUAAAUACGAGAUGUAGAUGCACUUAUAGUGCAGUAGUAUAUUUUUGGUAGCUGAUGUAUCAUCUUUUACCCCCAUAUGACCGCAAACAUUUGUCGCCGGGUACCAUUAAUGGAAUAAUUGUUUCCUGGUCAGAAAGCAAGAGCAGAGAAAAGAAGAGAAAAUGCAGAGUAGCAAUGUGUAAGAGCUAGGCUAUUACAGAGGUGGCAAAACUGAUGUAUCAUAUUUUCCGUGAUAGGUUUUUAUGGUUGCUUUGUCUGCCCCGAUGGAGGUGCUGACGUUUU